AUGUCCACGUAAGUGUCAGUUACGGUUUUGCAACGGUUUGGUUGAUCUAAUGAGUAAUACAGGUUUUGACUUGUUUUUUAUGAUAAUUUUAGAAUCAAUUCGACGCCGGCAAAUAAACCUAUUGGUGUAACAUCGGCAAUUAGCACUGCUGGACCCAAACCGGAGGUAGUUUUAAAGGCAAAAGCUGUGUUUUUAUAACAAUGAAAGUUGUAUGUUUGUUGGUUAUGUAAAUGGUGUAAAUAUUGGCUGUAAUUUUGGCGCUAAGACGGCUAAGUCAAGUACAUUGUUUUUUAGGAUAUAAAACAGACGGAGAACAUUAAAAAUGUUUUGAAGGAAUAUGGUGUGUUUGAGAGUGAGGAGGAGUUACAACACAGGUUUGUUGGACCCUUUAGUGAGGUUUAAAAUGAUUGGUAUAGCUUGUUGUUUGGUAUUGGCCAUUUGCCAAGUCCAGGGUAAACUAGCAUAUACCUGCCUCGUCCCCAGGCGCAAAUAAAAAAAAUUUCAUGCGAGUCACUAUAUGAAAGGUUUACAUGAAGUAGUGCGUCAGAGCAUAUACCUUAAAACUGUGGCAAUUGAUACACCAGGCGGAAAUCUUAGUUUAAAGAUAAAGAGCAAAGCCCAGCAAAUAACUUUAAAACCAAACAUAAUAAAAGUAAAAAUUUAAUUAGCUAACGUUUCGUUGUUUACAAUACAACAUCUUCAGAGCAAUCUAAAUGAAUUUACAGGGUAUAUAUAUUUACAAAAUAAUGGUUUACUAUUACAAAAACGGUUACAUAAUUUGAAAGAACAAAUGAAUAGAAAGAAAGGAAAACAACUUAUCAGUAACAAGUUAAUAAGUAAAGAUUAAUGUUUUAGGGAGUGGUCAUUAUUUAUGGGGAGGGGGGUUGGGAAAUGGGAGGGGGGGGGCAAAUGAAGUUUUACCCUUAUAAAUAGGGGGGGGUCAAAAAAGUUUUAACACAGAGAAAGGGGAGGGGUCAUAAAAGUUUUUGAUUUCUAUAAUCACAAAUAGCAAAAAAGAAGACUCUGAAAAUGCUAUUUCCAACGAUCUAGAGACUCAAAAUGUUCAAAAUUUCCCUGCUCGGCGCCAACCAUGGUGGCACCGAGCGACCGUUGAGCCCACUAAGUUUAACAAGCUUUCUACUUCCUGAGUGACCCAGUUGUGGUAUUUACAUAAACAUACCAUGCAAGUACACUUAACUGAUCAGAUUCGGUCUAUCAACGCACAAUGUAACGCUGUAUAUCCAAAAAUCUGUUUCAGAAAAUGCUCAGAGGAAAAUGCUCACAUUUCAAUUCUAGGGGUGGAAAAAUAAAAAAAAAUUUUCUGGGGGAGAAUACCCCCAGACCCCCCUACUAGUACAUACGAUACCACACCAAACUUUUUGUCACCAACAACCAUCUGUCAUCUCUCCACACUCAAUAUAGUAUGGUCCCUUUUUGUAGAUGCCCACCCCCCAGACAAGUUCUUAAAAAAACCCUGUGUUCAAAUCAUUUCGCUGUAUGAAGACGGGUCAUGGGUUAGGGUUAUGGUAGGACAAAUGUUGCAUUGCAAAGUAGUAACACAUAAUAUAUAUUUUUAAUCAUAUAUGGUUGAAUCAUAUUCACCAGGGUAAAACAUCAUGAGCUAGAUUAAACAGAUUGUCCUAAUAUCUAACUUUACCUGCAACGCACACCUGUUUCAUUGCUGUUAAUUUUUCAAUCCACACUGGGGGGGUCAGAAAAGUUUCUACUUUUAUGAGGGGGGAGGCACAAAAAGUUUGCCUUCAGUCUGGAGGGGGGGUCAAAAAAGUUUUCAAUCCUUAUUUUCCCCAUUUCCCAACCCCCCCCUCCCCAUAAAUAAUGACCACUCCCUUAUUUCAACUUAUAAAGACUUUGUGAUGUUACUCUGAGUGUAUAUCCACACCGGGGAAGCUUGAAAAAUAUGCCAGGCCACAGUGGGAAUCGAACCUACGACCUAAUAUUGGCUAUAGUACGGUACUCCGGAAUUUCGCAUGAGUAAAUUCUGAAGGAUUUGUAAGAAAUGUUUGAGGAAACUGCUAACUGUUUAAUUAAAACUAAAGCGUUAUUUAUAUGAUCACGGAUACUAGGGACAGGGUUCCCCCCAGAAACAACUUUACCGCACGUUUAUAUGAGAAACAUAGCCCUGGCACUGUAUUCCUGGCUCUAAGGACGAGAUUGUGACUCCUGAAACAUGCAGUUAUUUGUUUGAAGGCCUGGAAAUCAGGGAAUGAAAAGUUGUCCAUGGAGGCCGAGACAAAUUGUUUACAUGGACAAAAGUUGUCCCUCCUACAAGAGUAACCCUGUUUCGUAAACAGGGUAUCCUACUGCCAGGGUGACCCUGCCUGCCUCUCCAAGGAUAGCUCGGGUGUCCCUAGGACUUUGGCUCACAAGUCAAAAAAGUUUCAUGACGUAAUUAUCUCGAACAUGAAUACAGGAUUCCAGUGAUGUUUAGCGAUCAGUGCCAUUCUGUGCGCAGUGCAGUUCUUUGCGGUCAGAGGUCCAUUUACAAACAAAAGUAUGAUACUUCAUUUUGUUCUCAGAGAAAAUUAUUGCACCAUAUAUGAAAGAUAUUUAUGAAAGUUUGUCUAAAAUUUUACUUUUAAUUCGAUCGUAGCUGUUUUAAAACAGUUUUAAACUAAAAGAUGUCUAUUUUUACUCCUACAAAUCAAGUUAAGCUUACAAACGUGGCCGUAGUUCGAUUGAAACGCAAAGGAAAGAGGUUUGAAAUUGCGUGCUACAAAAACAAAGUUAUGUCGUGGCGGAAUAAAGUGUGAGUAGAAACCAUUAUUUCUCUGGUAGAAAAGCAAUGUUGCUUUAAAAUAUUUUAUGUUUUGAGUUUUUUUCUUUACAGGAAGUUUAUACCAUGGGCAAACUAGACCAAAAUAGUCUGAACUCUGAACAAGUCCACAAAGCGGCAAGAAAAUAUGUAUUUGUCAACGGCCCCUACAGUAUUAAGGGUGUGUGGGGGAUGACUACCUCAUGUGGGCGUUAGUUGUAGGUGAUGUCAAUAUAUAUAAACUUGGUAUCCGGUGUCAAUCUCUACCCUAACAUUGACCCUAAUUACCCCUGUAACGAAUGCCUGUGUGUUGGUCAAACUGAACUGUUCUGUGUAGGUGGGAAGGGGAGGGGUAACUAGGAAUCUGUGAUGGAGGGAGCUGGGAACAAUUGUAAAAAAUCUGCUAGCUGGGACGAAAUCUAUUUGUUGACAAUCCCUAGCACCCUAAUGGAUGAUUAUACACAUUUCAUGGAAAUAAUAUUGGGAACCAAUUGGUUAUCUGUCCAUGUCUCUCGACCAUGCGACCUAAUGUGCCUUACUUUCAUUCUUAAUGUAUUUUUUCUGCCAGAGUUUAUAAAAUGAAUCCAUGAAUUUGUCAAAUAUUCUUUUAGAGAGAAAGAUUUGGAUGAGGUUUUGCAAACAGAUUCUGUGUUCAUGAAUGUUUCAAAAGGGCAAGUAGCCAAGAGAGAAGAUUUGGUUCGGGCAUUUGGAACAGAUGAUCAGACACAAAUAUGUCUUGAGGUGAAAAUUUAAAUAUCUAUGAUAUUUUAUUGUAUAUAACUCAUUUAAAUAGCUCAAAAUUUCACGUGGAGAUAGAAAGUUUUGAUGCAACUUUUCAUUCUUAAUGACAGUGUUUUAUAAUUUUAGAUCUUGGCCAAGGGUGAACUGCAAGUUUCUGAGAAAGAGAGAAACAAUCAGUUGGAGUUGAUGUUUCGAGACAUUGCUACGAUAGUCGCAGAUAAAUGUGUGAAUCCAGAGACGAAGAGACCAUAUACUGUUGGCAUUAUAGAAAGAGCAAUGAAGGAUGUUCACUAUUCAGUUAUCACUACACGAAGUACCAAACAACAGGUACAGAUACUAUGGGUGUAUGUAUUUCGGUAACCCUUACAGGUGUUACCAAAACUGUGGAUCCUUCCUCUCUCCAAAAAUAGGUGUCAUGUUUUUGUGUCAAAACAUUCAGGAAUGUGGGUUUUUCCAGAAAAGAUCCACACUUCCCCCAUGGAGGAAAUUUCAGCCAUCCAGAGGGGGAGGGGAGAAAAAUUUGUUUCUGAUAAUAGUGUAUUACGACAUCCAAAGGUGUACGAGGAUUAACUUCCAAUUUCCUCCGUGGGGGAUGUAUGAAUGUUUUUGGAAUGACGCAUGCCUAACAUCCUGAAAUCGUCAAUUUGAAAAUUGCAACAUCUGCAUGAUUGGUCUGGUAAAUUUUUAUAAAAUUAGCUAUUACGUAAUGUAACAUUUUAGCCGUAAUAGAGAUAGGGAUGUUUUGCAUUCCUGAAGUUUUGGCGUGAUCGCAAGACACAGUGUGAUUGCCCCAACUGAAGUCUAUUGUGUAAGUGACUUUCUAACUCUAUGUUCCAGGCAUUAGAAGUCAUUCGGCAGAUAAAAGAUGCAGAUGUAAUGCCAAUUGAUAGAGCACAAAUGAGAAUCAAAUUAACGUUGCCACAGAAAGACGCCAAACAGGUUUUGGAAAAACUAAGAUCAAAUUUUACGAGCAUUGAGAGUGAGGAAUGGGAAGGUGACUUAGAAAUAGUAAGUGUCACAGAAUUAUAAUUCAAUAAAAUACAUGAUUACAUCUCUUACUAGUCAAACACUCGAAUAAUAUUUUACAAUUCACUGUUCUUUAGGUUUGUCUGAUAGACCCUGGCUGUUUCCGAGUCAUUAAUGAGGUAAUGGCCGCACAAACGAGAGGGAAGGGCACGCUGGAAGUUCUUAAUUUGAAAGAGAUUGAGGAGGGAGAUGACAGAUUGGAGAAUUGA